GCUUAUUUUUUUGUACCUACUUAAAACGUCAAAACAAGUACCCUAAAAAUACAUAGCACGGUCCUGUGUAUUAAAAAUGUUAUGUAUAUUUUCAUAAAUUGUCAUUUAUAAUUUUAAUCGAAUAAAAGUAUUCAAUAAGACAUUAGAAAAUGGAAACAGAACAAUUAUUAAAUUUUGAAGAUCGUUUAAAGAUUUUUAACAAUUUAUUACCCGAAAAAUCUAAUUCUCUCUCCAAAAGGCGCAUAUUUACAAAAAUCCCAAAAUUCGAUAAGACAGAGCCAGACUUAAAUAAUUAUAUUUGUGAUUUAUGUGGUAAAAGUUUUGAACGUGAAAUACAAUAUUAUGGACAUUUACAAAAACAUAGUGGGGAAAGAAAUUGGAAAUGUGAAAAAUGUUUGGAAAACAAUACCUUUAGAACUCAAUCUCAAUUAAGAGAACAUGAAAAACAAUUCCAUUUUCAAAUCAGGGAAUAUAAAUGUUCAGAAGAAGGAUGCAAUAAAAGUUAUAGUCGGCCUUCGCGUUUAGAUUACCAUAAUCGGCGAGUACAUUUAAAUGAAAGAAAUUUCGAUUGUAAAAUUUGCGAUAAACGAUUUUUUACUGGCACCGACCUAAAAGCCCAUUUAAAUGUACACCUAGGAACCAACAAGAAAAUUUGCGAAAAAUGUGGACAAUCAUUUCAUCAUAUUUCGAAUUUUUUACGUCAUAUACGUAAACACGAUGGUAUUAAGCCGUAUCAAUGUGAGAAGUGUGAUAAGCGCUUUAGUGAAAUAACAAUUUUAAGAAAACAUAUGUUAUUUCAUGAUAAAUCAUAUAAGGAUACAAAAGAACCCUCAAAUAAUGGCAACGAUCGAAAAUUUUAUUGUUAUGUAUGUGGAAAAACUUUUCAAUAUUUGCAAGAUGUUCGCCAACAUGAAAUUAUUCAUGAAAAAGAUCAAAAUAUAUCCUGUAAAUCUUGUUUAAAAUCGUUUUCAACUAUCAAAGAAAUAAAGUUGCAUAAUUGUUUUCUUGAAAAUAGUAACAAUAAAAAUAAUGAAAGCAGUGAUGAUCGUGAGGAAAAUUCAUCAUUAAAUUUAACAAGUGAUUGGACGCAGAUUAUGAAUGGUUUAUUAUCACAAUUAGACAUUGAUUUGGAAACUAAACAUCAGAAUGAUUUAUCGGAUAAUUUUGAAGAUAAUACAUUAAUUUUGAGUCCAUUAAAAUCUAUCAACAGUUCUAUGGAUUUAACACAGAUGAAUUUAAACAAUCAAUUAAAUGAAUUAUCAGAUUAUCAAACAGAGAGAACAGAAUUGGAGAUCAAUACCGAUACUGAUUAUUCAAGUGAAAAUAAAUUAAAAAGUCCAUUGAAAAAUUUAGUUGAUAUUAAAGAUGAUUUUCUUAAACAAAAUGUUUGUAAGAUUUGUGGUGCAGUAUUCGCUCAUAACUCCUCGAUGUAUCGCCAUCUACGAAAUCAUUCAUCAAAUUUUGUAAACUGUGAUUAUUGUGAUAAAAAAUUAACAGCCGAUUCCCUUUAUACACAUAUUAGACGUGUACAUAAGCAGGAAAAAAAUUUCGUUUGUUCGUUUACGAAUUGUGGAAAGGUGUUUUUCAAACAAGCGGAUUUAGUAAUACAUAAACGGAGUCAUACAAAAGAAAGACCUUAUAAAUGCAGGCAUUGUUCCAAAUCUUUUAUAAGCUCAUCACAUCAAUUAAGACAUGAAAAAACUCAUAAAAAGACUGUAUAA